AUGGCGCCAGGAGGUCGUCAGGGUGAUGGUGGGGAAGAUAUUGACCACCAAAGUGCCAAACAUUUAUUGGAUAGCAUAGGGAAAAUAGUGCACGACCAAAUGAAAAAGGAAGCUGAACAACGUAGUAAGGGUGAAUUGGAAGGAAAGUUGUCAUUUGCAACUGUUAGUGGAGAAACAGGUGCCACCGAUAAACCAUGCAAUUUUGAUUAUGAUAAACUUAUUGGUGCUAAUGAUGGUAAAAGGCAUCCGUGCAAAAAAGAUGGAAAAGGAGAAGAAGUACCACGUUUUUCGGAUAAACAAGGAGCAGAAUGUGCUAAUAAUAGAAUACAAGGUAAUAAUAAAAAUAGUCAUUAUAAGGAUUUUGGCGCCUGCGCGCCCUUUCGACGAUUAAAUUUAUGCAACAAAAAUUUUCCAAAUAUGAAUAGUAAUGAUAGUUCGAAAGCUAAGCAUGAUUUAUUGGUGGAUGUGUGUCUUGCAGCAAAAUAUGAAGGGGAUUCUUUAAAACAUUAUAGUGAAAAACUUAACCUAACUUAUACUGAUUCUCCUUCCCAAUUAUGUACUGAGUUGGCACGAAGUUUUGCAGAUAUAGGUGACAUUAUACGAGGAAAAGAUCUGUAUCUUGGAUAUAAUAGAAAAGAGAAAGCACAAAAAGAAAAAUUAGAACAAAAUUUAAAAAAAUUUUUCCAGAAUAUAGAUGAGAAAUUGCCUCUAAAAGCAAAAAAUUACUACACAAAAGAAAAAGAUCCAAAUUUUUUAAAAUUACGAGAAGAUUGGUGGACGGCGAAUAGAGAAACGGUAUGGGAAGCAUUAACAUGUGAUGCGCACGGUACAUAUUUUCAUGCAACGUGCAGUGAUCUUAAUGGAGAUUGUUCUCAAGCUCAUGAAAAAUGCAGGUGUCCCAAGACAAGUGGCGGAAAGGCCAUCAAGGCAGGUGGCGACGUAACUAUUGUCCCUACGUAUUUUGACUAUGUGCCGCAGUAUCUUCGGUGGUUCGAGGAAUGGGCAGAAGACUUUUGUAGAAAAAAGAAAAAAUAUGUUGAUAUAGUUAAAACAUAUUGUCGUGAACAAGAUAAAAGUGGUAACCAACGAUAUUGUAGUCGUAAUGGCUACGAUUGCACAAAAACUGUUAGAGCACGAGGUAAGUACCGUAUGGGUAAUCAAUGUACUAAAUGUUUGUUUGCAUGUAAUCCUUACGUUGAGUGGAUAGAAAACCAACGAAAACAAUUUGACAAACAAGUAAAAAAAUACAAAACAGAAAUAUCAGAUGGUGGUGGUAGGCAAAAACGGGAUGCAGGUGGUACAACUAAGUAUGAAGGAUAUGAAAAAAAAUUUUAUGACGAACUUAAAGGUAACUAUAGUGAUGUUAAUGCUUUUUUGGGAUUAUUAAAUAAUGAAAAAGCAUGCACAGCUGUUAAAGACAAUGACGGAGGAACAAUUCAUUUUGAAACGGUUGGUACUACCACUACCAUUGGCGAAAACGGUGGUACUAGUGACACUAGUGGUACUAAUAAUGAAAAUGAAGGAACAUUUUAUCGUUCAAAAUAUUGCCAACCCUGUCCUCAUUGUGGGGUCAAACGUGAAGGUAAUGAAUGGAAAGAGAAAAAGAAAAAUACUGAUCAAUGCACGAGUGGAAAACGUUAUAAGCCUAAAAAUAACGCAGAAGCUACUAAUAUUAGAAUCCUUAAAAGUGGUGAUGGACAAACAGAAAUUGAAAACAAAUUAAACGAAUUUUGCGAUCAAAUAAAUCUUGAUACAUUAAAUAGUGGUGUUAAUAGUGCUGGUGGUGGUGGUGGUGGUCGUAGUGGUAGUCAGGAAUUGUAUCAAGAAUGGAAAUGUUAUAAAGGUGAUGAUGUAGUGAAAGUUGAAAAUAAAGAUGAAGAAGAAGAUGAAGAGGAAAAUGUACAGAAGGUAAAAGAUGCAGGCGGAUUAUGUAUAUUAAAAAACGAAAGAAGUGAAACCAAUUCUCAAAACCAUCCUUACGAUAUCCAAAAGACAUACAAUGAUUUUUUUAAUUUUUGGGUGGCACAUGUGUUGAAAGAUUCCAUACAUUGGAGAACAAAGAAAAUUAAAGGAUGUUUAAGUAAUGGUGCGAAAAUAAGAUGUAAUAAAAAAAAUAAAUGUAAUAAUGAUUGCGGUUGUUUUGAAAGAUGGGUUAAACAAAAGAAAGACGAAUGGAAGCCAAUAAAACAACAUUUUUACACGCAAGAAGAUAUUGUCAAAAAAGGACCUUUUAUGACACUUACUCACGAUUAUGUUCUUGAAGGUGUUUUGGAAUUAGAAUUUUUGAAAGGCGAUUCCGAAGAAGAUUUCGAAGCAGAUUCCUCAGAAGAUUCCCAAAGUCGUGAUGAGGAUGCACAAGAAACAAAACGCAUUAAGGACAUGUUCGAAAAAAAAAAAAAAAAAAAUAAAGAUGAGGUUGCUUCCAAUGAGGAAACAAUAAUUGAUUUCAUGCUCGAUGAGGAAUUAAACGAUGCCAAACAAUGCAUAGAAAAACACACAUGUCCACCACAAGAAGGCCUCGCCCGCUCCGAAUCCGACACCCAACGUGACACCCACUCCGACGACGUCGAGGCGGAGGAAGAAGACGAAGAAGAGGAAGAAGACGACGUCGGCGCGGAGGGGGAGUCGGAGACGGUGAAGGACACGGAGGCACCAGUGGAAACAAAAAAAGAUGUCGACGUUUGCAAAAUCGUGGAACAAGCACUUAAUAACAUGGAAAAUCUGAAUGCCGCCUGUACCCUCAAAUAUGGCCCAAAGGCACCCACAAGUUGGAAAUGUAUACCAAGUGGUAGUGAUAGUAGUAGUAGUGGCGCCAUAUGUGUGCCACCCAGGAGACGACGAUUAUAUGUGGGGAAAUUGGAACAGUGGGCAAACAAACACAACACGGAUGCGUCAGAAGCACGUGGUAGUGAAGCACCAUCACCAAGUGGUACUGACACACACACACAACCAGACCCACAAAAGGCACUACUCAAAGCAUUUGUUGAGUCCGCUGCUGUGGAAACUUUUUUUUUAUGGCAUAGAUAUAAAGAAGAGAAGAAGAAACCACAAGAAGGUGGGUUACCACUACUCGGCACAGGUGAUAGCGUCGACGGUGAAGAGGAGGAACAGCCCCCCCAAAACGAACUAAAUGGUGGCAAAAUACCUAAUGACUUUUUGCGUCAGAUGUUUUAUACAUUAGCAGACUACAAAGAUAUAUUAGAUGGGAAGAAUAUAGUGGCAGACAUUUUAAAUGGUUCUAGUGGUAGUGAUAAAGAUAUGGUGGAAAGAGAAAAGACAAUAAAAGAAAAGAUAAAGAUCUUUUUCGAACAAAAUGGCAACAAAGAAGCUGCUCCUCGUGGUAGCACCCAAACCCAACCUAGUGAAAAACUUAAAUCCUGGUGGAGUCAAAACGGUGAAUAUAUAUGGAAAGGUAUGGUAUGUGCUCUAACCUAUGAAGAAAAUGGGGCAAGAGGCACAGAUGGCAAAACGACAUUAAAGAGGAAUGAUGAUGUGUACGAGAAAUUUUUCGGGAAACCUAGCGACUCCUCCAUCCUCCCUGUCACAGGCUCAACCCCAACCGGCACAGCCGCAACCCCAAACGGCACAACCGGCACAUACACAACCCAAUACCAAUAUGAUAGUGUCACAAUUGGUGCUAGUGGUACCGGCGCCAAAAGCGACGACACCAUCAACAACCCCACGUUAAAAGAUUUCGUGUUGCGACCCCCCUACUUCCGAUACCUUGAAGAAUGGGGUGAAACAUUUUGUCGACAAAGGACACGUAUGUUGGAGAAGAUUAAAGACGAUUGUAAGGUAGGACAAGGUAAUGGUAAAAAUGGUGACAAGGUUUGUAGUGGUUAUGGAGAAGAGUGCAAAAUAGAAGAUAUAUCAAAAGAAGGACUUUUUGCAGAUUUAAAAUGUCCGAGUUGUGCAAUUUCUUGUAGUUCUUAUAGAAAAUGGAUAAAAGGAAAAAAAACACAAUAUGAGAAACAGAAAGAUAGAUACAAAACGGAAAUUGACCAAGCUAAAAGUGAUAAUGAAUUUUGUGCAACACUAAAAAGUCUCUCUGACGCUGCACAAUUUUUAGAAAGGUUAGGACCAUGUAAAAAGGAUAAUGCGAGUGGAGAGGGUAAAAAAUUUUUUGAGAAUGAAGGUGAAGCAUUUACACCUGCAACAAAUUGUAAACCUUGUCCUGAAUUUAAAAUAAAUUGUAAAAAUGGUAAAUGCAAGAGUGGUGAUGGUGAUACAAAAGAGAAGUGCAAUGAAAAAACGACUAUUGAUGUAAAUGAUAUUGAAAAUAAGACAGAUGUUAAUAAUAUUGUUAUGCUUGUGAGUGAUGACAAUAAAAAUAAAUCUGAAACUGUUUUAGAGGCUUGUAUAGAAGCAGGUAUAUUUAAAGGUAUUAGAAAAGAAGAAUGGAAAUGUCGUAAUGAAUGUGGUUUAGAUGUAUGUGGUCUUAAAAAAGGAGAUAAUAAUGGUAAAUUAGAUGAUAAACAAAUUAUAUUAAUUAGAGCAUUGAUUAAAAGAUGGUUAGAAUAUUUUUUAGAAGAUUAUAAUAAAAUUAGAAAAAAAUUAAAAUCAUGUACAGAAAAGGGUGAAGGAUCACCAUGUAUAAAAGAUUGUAAAAAAAAAUGCGAUUGUGUUAAAGCAUGGAUAAAUCUGAAAACGAAAGAAUGGGAAGAAAUAAAAAAACCUUACCUUGAACAAUAUAAAAAUGGCUAUGGAGAAAAUUACAAUGUGAAAACUAUUUUGGAGAAAUUUCAAGAUCAACCUGAAUUUAAAAAAGCUAUAGGACCUUGUCCAAAUUUAGGUCAGUUCGAGGAUUCAAUUCAUUGUAAUGGAGCUGCGAGGUCAGAAAAUGGCAAAAAAAGAGAUAUCGUAGAAUGUUUGCUUCAAAAGCUUGAAAAAAAAGCAGAAAAGUGUCAAAACCAAAACGAAACUGCGUGUGAUACCCCUUCAACUUGUGAUAAAAACCUCACCCCCGACGUUGAAGACGACGAUGAGGAACCCUAUGAGGACUUACUCCUUCAAGAAACAGAAGAAAAACCAGAGGAGGCAAAGAAGAAGAUGAUGCCAAAAAUUUGUGAAGGUGUGAUACCAAAAGAGGAAGUGAAAGACAAAGACGGUUGUAAACCAGCAGCAGCACCUAGUGCGGAAACCGACAAAGAAAAACCCGUACCCAAACCCCCAUCACAACCAACAAACCCCCCAAAUCCAUUCGAACACCCCGCUGUUAUACCCGCCCUCAUGUCUUCUACCAUCAUGUGGAGCGUUGGCAUCGGUUUUGCUGCGUUCACUUAUUUUUAUCUAAAGAAAAAAACCAAAGCAUCUGUUGGAAAUUUAUUCCAAAUACUACAAAUACCCAAAGGUGAUUAUGAUAUACCUACAUUGAAAUCAAGCAAUCGUUAUAUCCCCUAUGCAAGUGAUCGAUAUAAAGGAAAAACAUAUAUUUAUAUGGAAGGAGAUAGUAGUGGUGAUGAAAAAUAUGCAUUUAUGUCUGAUACUACUGAUGUAACGUCCUCAGAAAGUGAGUAUGAAGAAUUGGAUAUUAAUGAUAUGUAUGUACCAGGUAGUCCUAAAUAUAAAACAUUAAUUGAAGUGGUACUAGAGCCAUCAAAAAGAGAUACAAUGAGCACACAAAGUGAUAUACCAUUAAAUGAUAAACUUGAUAGUAAUAAACUUACAGAUGAAGAAUGGAAUAAACUGAAACAGGAUUUUAUCUCAAUUUUACAAAAUCCACAAAAUGAUUUACCCCAAAAUAAUAUAAGUGGGAAUAUUCAAAUGGAUACCCAUCCUUCUGUUAGUAUUUUACACGAUGAUAUGGAAGAAAAACCUUUUAUUACAUCUAUUCAUGAUAGAGAUUUACAUAAUGGUGAAGAGGUUACCUAUAAUAUUAAUUUGGAUGAUCAUAAAAAUAUGAAUUUUUCAACUAAUCAUGAUAAUAUACCACCAAAAAACAAUCAAAAUGAUUUAUAUACUGGUAUAGAUUUAAUUAAUGAUUCGAUAAGUGGUAACCAUAAUGUUGAUAUUUAUGAUGAAUUGUUGAAAAGAAAAGAAAAUGAAUUAUUUGGAACAAAUCAUACAAAACAUACAACAACAAAUAGUAUUACCAAAAAAACACAUAAUGACCCUAUAGUGAAUCAAAUAAAUUUGUUUCAUAAAUGGUUAGAUAGACAUAAAAAUAUGUGCGAACAGUGGGAUAAACAUAAAAAGGAGGAAUUGUUAGAUAAAUUAAAAAAAGAAUGGGAACAAGAUUAUAACAAUAAUAGUGAUGACAUUCACACUAGUGAUAAUAACAUAGUUAGUACUGUUAACCAUGUGUUCAAUACUGAUGUUUCGAUACAAAUAGAUAUGGAUGAUCCUAAUCCUGUAAACCCAUUUACAAAUAUGUAUACAAAUUCUGAUAAUUCCACUAUGGAUAAUAUCUUGAAUGGUAUGGAAAAACAUCGUGAACCCUACUUCUAUGAUAUUUAUGAGGAUGAUAUUACUUAUUUCGAUAUAGAUGAUGAAAAAACACCUAUGGGUGAUAUAUAUGUUGAUCAUAAUAAUGUGAAUAGUAAUAAUAUGGAUGUACCUAAUAAAGUACACAUUGAAAUGAAUAUUGUUAAUAAUAAAAAGGAGAUUUUCGAAGAGGAAUAUCCUAUAUCAGAUAUAUGGAAUAUCUAA